AUGUUGACCAAACUCUGGCCACUAACUCGUUUGGCAACCUCAAAACUCCACUGGAACCAGCAAUUACUCACAACAAUGUCAACCACCACCAAGUCAGCACACGACACGGCCGUCAAUUCAUUCAAUUUAAAUCAUUCGUCAUACGACAUCUAUCGUCCUUCAUUCUCUCCUAUUCUCGUUAACCCCUUCUUGGUUGAUCUUAACCUUGCCACCUUUAACAAACAAGACAAUACAUUCACGUUUGACAAUGACAAAAGAAUCGUUGAGAUUGCGUGCGGUACGGGCAAAUUCACCAAGAAUUUAGUUGAUAAUGGCUGGUCAAGCAAUUUAUCCGCCGUUGAUCCAUCACGUGGGAUGUUGGAGACAUUUAGAGAGAACUUCCCACAAGUUGACAGUGUGGUUCAAGCGUCGAGUUAUAAUACCCCAUUUGAUGACGAUUCCAUCGACGCUGUUAUUGUAGCUCAAGGAUUUCAUUGGUUUGCUGAUGAAGAGAGCUUGAAGGAAAUUCAUCGUAUUUUGAAACCACUGGGAAAAUUGGGUUUGAUUUGGAACUUUGAUUAUACUUCACCAUCACAGGAUUCAGUCGUUUCCGAUAGUAAUUACUAUAACUCAGGCACGAGGUAUUACAAUGAUUUAGAUUUGACUUCAUCUAAAAACAAUCAAGAAUUGUUGAGUCAAUUUUUUGGCAAUCAAAAAUGGAACGACAAGGUUACUAAAUACGUCUAUGAUUUCGAUGUCAAGGUACCUCAAUAUAGACAUGGUAAAUGGAGAUCGAUUUUGCUAGCUAAUCCAUAUUUCAAAAAUGAGGUUUUGGAUCUGUUUGCAUUGUAUGAUAAAUUGAUUGAUAAAGACGAUGUUUGGAAAUACUGGGAAACAAGAAGCUACAUUACCGAUUUGCCCCAGGAGAAGAAAGAUGAGAUCAAGGGCCAUAUUGAAGAGAUUAUUGCAAAAGAUACUAAUGAAGACAGUUUCGACAAGGACACACAACGGUUGAUCAAACCAAUGGGCACACACACCGUUGUCGUUUCCGUUAGAAAAUAG